AUGAGAAUCUACAGUUGUCAUUUUUGCUCAUCACCAGUGUAUCCGGGUCAUGGGAUUAUGUUUGUGCGUAACGACGCCAAAGAAUUCCGGUUCUGUAGAUCGAAAUGUCAUAAGGCGUUCAAACAAAGGCGGAACCCACGUAAACUGCGGUGGACGAAAGCGUUCCGGAAGGCAGCCGGUAAAGAACUUGCAGUGGACACUACGCUUGCGUUUGCACAGCGUAGAAACGUUCCUGUGCGUUACAACAGGGAACUUGUCGCCACGACCCUGCGUGCGAUGUCCAGGGUCGAAGAGAUCCGCCAAAAGAGGGAACGUGCGUUCUACAAGAACCGUAUGCGUGGUAACAAAGAACGUGAUUUCGCGCGUGAUCGUGAUUUAGUGGAAUCGAAUGCGGAAUUGUUGCGUUUGAGGGAUGUGGAACUUGCGCGUGAAGCGGCCAAGGCAGAAGCGGUCGAAGCUGGCGAAGAGAGCGAAGAAAUGGAUGUGGAUGGCAGCGAAGAAAGCGAAAGCGAAGACGAAAGCGAAGCUGAACGCGAGAAACAAAAAAUUGUUCUCAAAAACAAACGCAAGAACUCGAAGAAGAUCACUUUUUGA